AUGGCUCGCCUCAUUGUUCGAACGGGCGUACAGCUCGGGUUAUUAACAACAUUUAUACUUAUUGUUAUCUUGUUCCUCGAUAAUCGAUUCCGCGUCCUCCCUACAUCCAUUCAUGGCCAUCUUCCUAUGCACUACUCUGGAUACGUGAUCACAGAUGUGACCGUAGUCCAAUGCUCAUCCAUCAACCCCUUUUCGAGCUGCAAACUUGACGCAGAUGCCUGGCAUCGCAUCGGGAAAGAUCUUUACUUGCGAACGGGAUGGACCUCGACUGCCUAUGUACAAUUCCAACGAAAGAAAGAAGAGGAGCUGGGUCCAGAUGACAAGGUGGUCAUGGACUUGAAGCUCAGCCGACUCACGCCGCCGUCCGAAUACAGUGGUAAAGGGGAAAUCCAGGAAUGGGAAUCUCGACCGGGGGGCAUUUGGCUGAAACGAACAGCUAAACGCCAUGCAAGUGAUUCUGAAAGCGCGGUGACAUAUGUCGACGUGCUUUUCGGCGCCGAUGCCGUUGAUCCUCGGCCAAACUGGGAGAUCAAGGAUACCCCUUUGUUGCUGAAUGCCUGGACAGAAAAAUUGGAGACCCGUCUUAGCAUUCGGCGAGGAAACCCGACGAAGAUAAAAAAGUCCACUCCCAGAAUCAACGAGAAUGGCAAGUUCAAAGUGAUGCAGUUGGCCGAUAUCCAUUUGAGCACUGGUCUAGGUGCCUGUCGUGACCCUGUCCCCGCCGAGACCACUCCUGGACAGAAAUGUGACGCCGACCCCCGUACUCUGGAGUUCAUCGAGCGACUCUUGGAUGAAGAAAAGCCAGACAUGGUCGUAUUCUCUGGCGACCAGGUGAACGGAGAAACUGCUCCUGACGCCCAGAGUGCCCUCUUCAAGUCCGUGAAAUUCCUCGUCGACCGUAAGAUUCCAUACGCAGCCAUUUUUGGUAACCACGACGACGAGGGUGACUUGAGUCGAGAACAACUCAUGGGAAUUUACGAAGACCUACCAUAUUCUCUCUCAGCGCCCGGACCCGAAGAUAUUGACGGUGUCGGAAACUACAUUGUUGAAGUGCUUGAUCGUGGCAAGAGUACCCACUCUGCCCUCACCUUUUACCUCCUCGACACACACUCCUACUCCCCUGAUGAACGUCAAUUCCGCGGCUAUGAUUGGAUCAAACCAAGUCAAACUCGUUGGUUUAAAAAUACCGCUCAAAGCCUGCGGAGAAAGCAUCAGGAAUACUCUCACAUUCAUAUGAACAUGGCUUUCAUCCAUAUCCCAUUACCGGAAUACCGCACCAAUGGAAAAUACGUCAAGGGAUCCUGGAAAGAGGCCCCCACUGCACCUGGAUUCAAUUCUGGGUUCAAAUCUGCCCUUGAGGAAGAAGGCAUCCUCUUUGUCAGCUGCGGGCAUGACCAUGUCAACGACUAUUGCAUGCUAGAGCAAGAUGCAAACGAGAAACCCUCUCUCUGGAUGUGCUACGGUGGUGGCGCCGGCCUGGGUGGUUAUGGCGGCUAUGACGGCUACGUCCGCCGCAUUCGUUUCUUCGAUUUUGAUAUUGGCCCUGGCCGUGUUACCACCUAUAAACGUCUGGAGUGGGGUGAAACAGAAGCCAAAAUCGAUGAGAUGAUGAUUGUAGACGGUGGUGCUGUCAAAGGCCCCGAAUGA